AUGGACUUACCAUUGUCUCCAGAAGUCAAGCCAAAGGCUUCGUUUUCAUUUUCGGUACAAAACCUUUUAACCCCUACGGAACCAAAAUCAGAAACUACACCAGAAACCGCUCAACCAUCUUCGAUAGCACCAUCUGCAGAAGACCUUUUGAAGUUACCACUUACAGCAUCCAUACUGCCAUCAGCUACAGAACCUUCAUUACUAUGUACAACAGAAAGUUCAUUACCGUGUACUACAGAAGAGCUAAUAAAACCUGUAGCAUUUCCUGCAGCCUCAUUGCCAACGACCAUGUGUUCUCCAUUUGCAAAUGUGUCAAAUUUUACAAAUCCCAUGUUUUUGGCAGCCAUGGCUAUGUACGGUAAUUCAACCGAUCCAUCGGCAAUGAUGAUGCUUCAAAACUUUACACGAAGCGCUACAACAACUGCGGGAAGAGAAGCUAGUCCGCCUGGGUCUUCAACUUCAUCAUCGUCACCGCAAUGUAGCAGCACAAGUUUUUCGAAUUGGCUGAAUAUUAACGAUUCACCUACCUCUAGCAAUUCAGGUAAAUUUUAAAAUUUUUAAUAUUUUUAAAUUUUCAAAAUUAAACACAAAAAAUUAAAACAAACCUAUAUUCCUCGUUUGAACAAACUUUUUUAGACGAGCAUCGCAUUUCCCCUACGGCCUUAAGCAAGUGUAUGUUAAGAAAACACAAGUCGAAUAGGAAACCUCGAACGCCUUUUUCCACACAGCAAUUGAUGUCCUUGGAAAGAAAGUUUCAACACAAACAGUACUUGUCAAUAGCUGAACGGGCUGAAUUUUCCAAUAGUCUUCAACUGACGGAAACGCAGGUCAAAAUAUGGUUUCAGGUAAUAUUUUAAUUCAAUUAUUACAGUAAUUUUUUAAACUCUAAACAAAUUUAAAAGGAGAGGGGUUGAGUAUUGGGCUAAACUACAGUACUAAAAUUAUUUUUUAUUAACUACCGUAUUCAAAUUUGACUAUCAGUUUUUAAACCUUAGCUUUAACUAUCUAAUUAUGGCAAAUUACAGUAAUCACCAAUAAUUUUCGUCAAUUUUGUUCUCACACAUAACGAGUUAAUUGAUAGUUUUUUCUUGUGAUUACCGUAUGAAGGUCGUGUUUCACGCUGAGGACUCGAAAAAACUGACGUGGCUUCAGGAGUCGUUAUCGACCAUCUGCGUGUGAUUAAUCAACCGGUUUUUAUCAUUUGGCGCACGGCAGAUGGCUUUUAUUGAAGUUUUUUAAAAAUUUAGAUUACUGUAAAAAAAUUUGUAGUACUAGUGCUUGUUUAAUAGUACUAGGCCAGCUGAACUGAAAACAAGUUUACACGUUAUUCGAAUUUUUAUUACUCUGACAUAUGUUAAUACUGAAAUACUACAAACUUUACAGUAUCCUAUUUUAUACAGUAAACCGUACUUCAACAGCCUUUGUCUGUUGAUCAAGAUUUUGUAAAGAGUGCGCCAAUUAUCUAAUACGAAUAAUAUUGGCUUUGUCCCCAAAAUGCGUAAAAUCAGAUAUGUCAAUUAUCGGGUUAGGGGUGCGAUUGUUGCGCAACAACAGCAACAAUUUUAAUGACCUCCACUUGAUCGGCUUAAUCGUUGAUGAUGAAUCGUAUCGACUUCCGUGAGAAGCAUGAUCUAUAAGGUUAUGGGACAUGAUUUUAUAGGCGUUAAGGGAUAAUUGCAUUGGCUCGUUUUUAUCUGUCGUACUUGCUUUUAACUACACUUAACUGUACAAAAAAUGCAAAACAAUUAAAAAAAUUUUAAUAAACAAUUAAACUAUGUAUCAUACUUUUCAGAAUCGCCGAGCUAAAAACAAACGUCUCCAAGAAGCAGCAAUUGAGCGGACUCAAAUGGCUCAGUUGGCGGCCGUAGCGGCCAAUUCAAACUUUAAUUUCCCGUGUCCGCAACCACAAUGGUAA